AUGAACGAUGACGCGAUCAACAAAUUAAUCAUUCUGACUCCGACAAAACGAACAUUAGACCGAACGGGUGACUUUCAAACGCGAGCCAAGUCGCAUGCAGAGCUCGCUGAAGAAGUGGAAAUUGGUCUCCGAAGAUAUGAAGAAGAACUUUGGGCAGCAAUUCCUGAAGAGCGAGCCGUUCCAUUGACCAAAGUUGGCACCGUAUCCGCUGAAGAAUUCGCGUUGCUGAAAGGCGAAACAGUGAAGCCGAUUGUUGAGGAGCAGCAAAAUUUAUCUCCGCCACCACUUCAACGUCAUGAUGGACCUUCGAAACCGCUCAACCCCACUGUUUGGACGCAAAAGGCAAAAGAACGUGCUGCUGCCGCUAAUGUUGUGCACAAGAGCCCAAUCCAGCGAAAGGAAAAUGAGGAAUCGAAUCUGAAGAAUCGCUUCUAUCCGGUUUCAAAGCCAUCAAAUCCAGUCGAUCAAAAGAGUCCCCGCAAGCAAAAGACUAGACACAGCGAGAAUCCGCCGGUUGAGAUGCCCGUUGGAUGGGUAUUUGGCACACAACCAGCCGCAGUUGCUUCAACGGCCAAUCAAAAUAUGUUCCCAGCCGCUCAUCCUUCUGUAUCAUUACUUCAGGAUAAUGGAUUUGAACAAAGUGUUUAUACCACAUGGAAAGCGAAUUGCCUUAAGCAACGCCGCUCUUUGGGAUACGAGUGUGCUGAGAUGAACACUUUAUAUCGUUUUUGGUCCUUCUUUUUACGGGAUAACUUUAACCGGAAAAUGUUCGAGGAUUUCCGUGAUCUAGCCUUAGAGGAUGCCAGUCAAGGAUCGCGUUACGGUAUCGAGGCUCUCUUCAGGUUUUACAGUUACGGGCUCGAGCAGAAAUUUCGUCCCGAAAUCUAUAAACAUUUCAUGAAAGACACGUUGAGCGAUUUUAAAAACGAGCAACUCUAUGGUUUAGAGAAAUUCUGGAUGUUUCUUAAGCGAUAUAAGAACGCAAAGCAGCUCGUCGUUGAGCCGCCACUUGAAGCGGAACUCGUGAAAUUUACGAAACUUGAGGAUUUCUGUGUGCAUUCAGAU